AAGAAAACAGCUAGUGAGUAAAAGAUACAGCUUCACUUCAUCUCUGAGAACGGGGUGAUGACGUAAUUGCACGAGUGCUACCCGCACAGAUAUUUUUAGUAACUACAACUCUGGGGACAGCGGCUAGGGGACAUGUUUACGCUAUGAAAUAAAUGAGCUGGAUUGCCUCAGAGAUCCUCAACUGGAGAGUUGCAGGUCUAUUCUGAGAAGAAAAAUGAAUUAUAAAAAUGCAGCUAAGCAUUACAUAGGAGGAAAAGCACUUCCCAUGUCUUGCUGUUGAUCUGAAAAUUGCUAUGUUGUGGCCACAAUGUCAAAAAAAGAAGAUUCGGGAGGAAAAAAAUGUUCUCAUCAAACGGAGCUUUACGCAGAGGUCCCUGCGACAUGCCUGCCUAUUGUUUAUUCCCCAGAGUACAACAUCACCUUCAUGGGUCUGGAAAAGCUGCAUCCCUUUGACGCUGGCAAAUGGGGCAAGGUCAUUCGCUUCUUGAAAGAGGAGCAGUUCAUCACCGAUGAGAUCAUUGUACUAGCCCGGGAGGCCAGCGAGGCGGAUCUUCUCGUGGUUCACACUGCACGUUACCUGAACAGACUCAAGUGGUCGCUCGUGGUUGCCACCAUCACAGAAAUCCCACCUGUCCUGUUCCUGCCCAACUUCCUGGUACAGCGCAAAGUUCUAAAACCUUUGCGAACACAAACGGGAGGAACCAUUAUGGCUGGAAAGCUGGCAAUGGAUCGAGGAUGGGCAAUAAAUGUGGGAGGAGGCUUCCACCACUGCUCCAGUGAUAAAGGAGGAGGUUUUUGUGCCUAUGCUGACAUCACACUAGCUAUCAAGUUUCUUUUUGAGAGGGUAGAGGGAGUUGCCAGGGCCACCAUCAUCGAUCUAGAUGCCCAUCAGGGAAACGGCCACGAGCGGGAUUUCCUGGAAGACAGACGCGUUUACAUAAUGGAUGUCUAUAAUCGCCACAUCUAUCCAGGAGAUGGAUAUGCAAAGAGGGCGAUUAAACGAAAAGUGGAGCUGGACUGGGGCACAGAAGACAUGGAGUAUCUACAGAAGGUGGAGCUCCAUUCAGAAGGGGCGCUGAAUGAAGUGCGGCCCGACAUCAUCAUAUACAAUGCAGGCACGGACAUUCUUGAUGGAGACCCUCUCGGAGGACUGGCUAUAUCCCCGCAGGGUAUCAUAAAGAGAGAUGAGAUCAUCUUCAGGGCAGCCCGGCGAAGAGGAAUCCCCAUCCUUAUGGUGACGUCAGGGGGCUACCAGAAGAAAACCGCCCGCAUCAUUGCUGAUUCCAUCCUGAAUCUGCACAGACAGGGUUUGAUUGGUGAAGAGGCCACAGAGGGUGCGGGACCCUCACAUGUACCGCUCAUGAUGAGCAAAUCGAUAUCAUCAGGGGCCACUUUCAGUGCCAUUUAAACUCUUCUGAUCUUGGACUUUGUCAAACACGCUGUUGUUUUACCUAAUGCAGACAUUUACAACUAACAUAUAAUGUUCUGGUCAGGGAUCCAGUGGUUUGGUGGUUUGGACCGAGAUUGACUCAGGACAGUUUUUGUAGUUCAUUAAUUUGAACUGUUUAACUCAUAUGUUGCAUUUUUUUGUGAUUAGUUUUGGAAUGAAAUAUUGGGAUUGGGUAAUAUUUUCCAUUUUUGUUCAUAAUUCCCAAAGGGUAUUUUAUGCAAUGCUUGUUUGCACAUUCAAUUUUUAGAGAUUUCCUCAUACUCACUCCAAACAUUUAGUUUUAUUAUAUGGAAAAGAACAUUUUUCAUUUUGUGUUUUACAAAAGAAAGAUGGAAUUUUCAUUGUUAGGUGAACUAUUUCUUUAAACUAGUGGUGUCAAUCAAUUAAAAAAAAAACAAACUAAUUAAUCACACAUUUUUUUCUGAAAUUAAUCGUGAUUAAUCCCACCUAACAUUACAGUUUUUGAUUAUACUUUUGUAUUGCAAGAAAUUCACAUUCAUUCUUCAAAUUAAUGUAGAAACAACAUAAAGGAAGUAUAUUUUUGAUAUUUGUUUAAUGCCAUCUUUUUUUUAAUAACUGAAGGCAAGUAUCACUGAUACUGACUGAUGAAUUUUUUCCUAAUAUUUAAUCAUUGACUAUAGCCAUUCAACAUUACAGUAUAAUUGAGUGCUUUCAAUUAAACGUUUAUUAGACUUGUAAUUUAAGUGAAUUUAAAACAAUCUUCACAUAAACCCAUUAUAAUAACUGUCAUAUAGCUACCUGUGCCCUUCAGCAAGAAAUAGUCAAAUUUAAUACAUUUAUCAAACACUAAAAGUAAAAGAUAAAGCUUAAAACUACAGAAGUUAUUGAUUUCCUCUUUUUUUUUUUUAUUUUGUUCUUUGAUUAACAGACAUCACAGCAGCUGAUUAUUAGGAUAUUUUGGUUGCUGUUACUUUAAAAGCUGCCGCUGCUGAACAUAUAUGACACUGCUUUAAAUGUGACUCUUAAAUAAUAAACACUUACAUGCACAGUUUAAGGCAGCUUAACUGACAACAUAACUACGACUAACUACAUUCUCCUAGUUUCAUUUGGGUUUGAAUAUUAUACAGCGCUUUAAUAUAACCUCACAGCGCGUGCCAGCAUAUUUGUGCGUGCACUUGAGGAGCACGCGCUACGAGCACAGUAUAACGGCUGACAGGACAAGAAGAUUCGUUUUUACUGGCAUUAUUACAUUCUGCAUCUAAAUAAACGCAAUUCUUUAGUAGCUGUGGGCGGGGUGGCCAAUUCUAGCCCCGCCCCUGCGUUAAUUGCAUCAAAUGUUUUUAUUACGUUAAAAAAAAAAUUAAAAAUUAAUCGCCUGCGUUAACGCGCUAAUUUUGACACCACUACUUUAAACCUUUUUAAUUGGUGCCCACAAGUUGGGUAUUGGUAGGAAAUGGAUUUCUUUUCGAUUUCAGAUUCAAAAAACAAAUCUAAGGGGUAUUGUACAUGCAUAAGUUCCUCUAGAAAUCCCCAGUUUGAGAUACUUACACGAGAAACGUACCACGUACCAGGAGUUGAUUUUAUUGAGCGAUUUGCGGCAGCUCUCUGCAACACUAUAUUAGAUUUAUUCGAAAUUAAAUUAUGGCAUUAUGAAUCAAUUUUGGAUUCAUUACAGAUUCCUCAUUGCGUCGAGCUGCUCUUCUAUCACGCCUUAAAUUAUUCUGUGACAUUAAAUGGAAGUUGCUCGUAGGAUGUGCCUUUGUGACCAGUUGGUUUUAGCAGCGUACAGGAAUUCUCAUUUGUGUGCAUCAGCAGGUGGACCACUGUCAGGCUGAGUGCUUUCUAUCAUAUUACGCCUGGCAGGCUUUUGAAAUGUCUUCAGGGUGAGGCCGGGGCUCUCUCUAUUAGGAAAUGAAACUCUUCAUUGGAGAGUCUGAGAGACACUGCAGUUGGUUACCGGUGACAGUUCUAAAGCCGUGAUCUUGUCUGCCUCAAUUUAACAAAACGGUUCCUGUCAUCUAGAGAAUAAAUAGGUGAUGAUGACACCAUUUUCUUUUUUUGGUCAGAUUUUAAAUUCUAGGCUGAAAUCUUUUUUUGAUUUUAGUGAUUUUAUUUUUAGACGUCAGGUGUAGAACAGUCUACUAUUUUUUCCAUACAGAUUUAGCUUUGAGUUUAUUUAAACUUUUGGUUCACCCAAAAAUUGUCAUCAGUUUUCCCCACACAUUUUUCUUAAUCUGUUUGACUUUUUUGGAGAACAGUAAAACUAUGAAAUGGGAGGAAAAAAUUACAUUUCAAUGCUUUUGCGCUCAUUUGCAAAAAUGUUGCGAACACUCGUGAGGAUGAUGAUAGUACGAUGGAAGAGAAUGCAAAAUUUCUUGAAUGCAAUAGGGUCAUUCUGUGUCAAAUCACCCAAAUUUGCUCAAAUUUUUGAUUUUGAAGAAAAAUAAAUGUACAGUGAUGAAAGCCAAAAUAUUAACUGUCAUAGAUUAAUAUUUACCGAGGAAUCCACUAUUUUGUAGGAGGGGGUUAAAAUGGCAAUUUUCACCUGAUAUUUAAAGCCAUAUUACAGGGGACUAAAAAUGACUUGGUUUUCAACCACUGAAAAUAGGUAAUAUUCAACAAUCUGUACAUGGAGCCUCACUGAGAUCCCCAUAUGUCUGGGAUUGAAUGAUGUACGGCCUUGAAAAUGAAGAUUUCAAAACAAAAGUUCAUUAAGAACUAGAAUCUAAAAUCAUAUUGCGAUAUCUUUAAUACUUCUUGAGUUAUAGGUGUAUAAAGUUAUAUUUUUGGCAUAUGUUUAUGGCACAGGUAUGUUCAAAGCAGCUGUCUUGACAGAAGGAAAUGAGACGCAGUUCUAGUUUCAACAUUAUUUGUUCUGCAGACAUUCCUCUUUAAAAGAAAAUAAGUCUCAUAUUUUUGCAAAGAGACACACAUUUGGUUUUUGAUCACUGGAAAUGCACACAAUUUAAUGAUUUACUCCUGGAGUCAUAUUGAAAUUCUAAUAACUCUGGAACCGAACCAUACAGGGCUUUAAAAAUUAAGAUGCCAAAAGGAACAUUUGUUAAGACCCAACACCUAAAAGGGCAUUAAGAUAUCUGUAAUACUUCUUGACAUGCACACUUUGGAGUAAAAACUUGAAAAGUGCCUUUUCCCCAUUUUUGAAUGGUCACCAUUGGCACAUAAUGCACCAAAGAUUGCUAAAGUCAACAGAUUUUACUAACAGACCUAGCAAUCUCUGUGUAAAAAUAACAUUAUGAUGCUGCCAUCUUUCUGAGGUCAUUUUUACCCCCUUGUAAUUUGUCUCUGAAUCUCAGAUUAAAAUUAUCAUUUUGACCCCCUUCUACAAAAUAGUGGAUUACUCAGUAAACAUUAAUCCAUGACAUUUAAUAUUUUGGCUUUCGUCACUAUAAAUGUCUAUCUUUCUUCAGAAAAAAUAUUAGCAAAUUUGAGCUGAGGACCUCUGGUUAGGUUGACACGGAAUGACCCGUGAUACUUUUGCGAGAGAAUGCAAAUGUUUUGCAAAUAAGUUCAGAGUCUUUCAGGGGAACAAAAAUGAUUUCCAUAGGCACAUAAAGUUUCCUCAAAAGUUUUGUAACAGAACAUAUUGUUUCUCUGGCAAUGCAAAAAUGUUACAAGCAAAUGCAAAAGUUUUGUGCAACGCAAAAUCAUUGAAAUAUAACUUCUUCAUAUCUUACAUUUUUCUAUCACAAACCCUGGUUGCCAAAAAUCCCUGUUUUUUGUUCUGCAGAAAAAAUCAAACAGAUCUAAAAUAAAAUGAGGGUUAGAACUAUCCUAUUUAGUUUGAUUUCAAACUCAAGGUUGGUAUUUAGAGGGUUGUUCUCUUCAAGAGCGAGGUAUGAGCUUUGUGGUAGGCACUUAUCCUCAGGUUGCAGUUUUAAUGAUCAUGGCUCUGUUCUUUAGCGACAUUGUGUAAGAUUUGUAGAAACUAAUUCCUCCGACCUUGUUCAUGUGGUGACUAAUAAAGCUUUACUGGGAGGUGUUAGUGAACCUCCAGACCUUUCUGCACUAAAUUGCUCUUAGAGCACAGAAUGAAGUAAAAACAUUGCUCUGUUUCUUUGAGCAUCCCAACCUCCCUUACAUAGCUAUGUCUGAAAUUGCAUACUCUAUAAAUAGGUGAUUCUUUUGAAUAAGUAAUUAGUUUACAAAUGUUGAAACAAAAUGUUCUAGAUAGUGUAAAUGUGUGUAGUGUGAAUGUAAUCUGAACAACAUCCAGGCACUAUUGGCCGUCUGUUUUAUGAAUACUGUGAACUACUUAGUUCACUUACUGUUUGCAAAUGCAGCUGAAAUAUCUGGUGGUACAGAAACUAUACUGUAAAAAAUAAAAAUCACAAUUUGUUGAGUAAGCUUAAAAUAAUUUGUUACCCUGCUGCCUUAAAAUUUUAAGUUCAGUCAACUAAAAUAAGUUCAGUCAACUUGAAAUGUUAAGUUGUACUAAGUAACAACUUAAAUAUUUGUGUUUGCUAAACUUAACAGAUGGCUAAGUAACCCAGCUGCCUUAAAAUUUUAAGUUGAUUUAACUCAAAUAUCUAAGUUGUCACCGUAUAAUUUAACAUUUCAAGUUGAAUAAACUUUUUUUGAGUUGACUGAACUUAAAAUUUUAAGGCAGCCAGGUUACAAAUUAUUUUAAGUUGACUCAACAAAUUGUUUUUUACAGUGUACACACAUCGUGUGUUUAACAGCGAAUUAACAUAUUUUUUAAAACCUACUGAUAUUAUGAAAAUUGUUGUUAUUUAUUUUGUGAUUUGUUUACUGUGAUACCUCCCAUUCCACAUGUCCUGGUUUGAGACGUUAACGUUAUAAAAGUUAAGAGAGAAGAACAUUAAUUUAGUGUGGUGUUUACUCUUUUGGGAAUGGCAAAAUUGAACAUUAUUAAUGUUUUUUUUAGGUCUUGGGUUGAGGUUAUGAGUUUAAUAUUGCACUCGGGUGCUGGAGGGAUCUUGGUAAUGGACACUAAUGAGUGUAGUAGGGCUCUUUUCGUUCCUUUCCUUUCUUUUUCUCUUUAAUGAAAGCCGUCAAAAGGAGGAGUAUGGAGGUCACUUGAAAGACGUGAACCCUUUAGGUCUAGCUAGCAGUUUAAUGGAUCCGUACAUGAAAAGGACCACCGUGGUCCUGCUUGAACAAAUGACUUACUGAUGAGUUUUUCGUGUGCAUAGAUCUAAAUGGGAUUUCAAACUUGCUUACUUCAUUGAUAACAUUUUUGGUUGAUAACAUUGCAUACAUGCCAAUUUUUAAAACAUGUAUAUUCGUUUUUAUAUAAAUUUACUUAAUUGAAUUAGUACUCUUAUUUAAUUCAUAUCUUGUGUAUUUAAACCUAUGUUAUUACUUGGAUACAUUUAUACAUGAAUCUAUAGAUACGGUGCUUUGUUAACAUCUAACAAAUGUGCCAAAUUCACAUUGGGUUUGUCGUGUUCUUUGUACCUUGCAGUUUUUAUUUAAUACCAUUUCCAUGUAAGAACAGGGAAAAUAAAUCAAGUCUAACAAUGCAA